GCGAAUGUUUACAGUUCAGCGGCGGCGGUUUUAAAUCAAGAUGAGCAGCAAAUCCGAUUCUGAUCUCGAUGAAAGAAUCGAAGUAUUAAAGCAGAAAUAUCUGCAGAAGACGAGCGAGUUUGCAGAUGUGUGUGCGGUGUCGUCAGCUGAUGAAGGAGCUGCAGGGAGGAGUCAGAGGCUCAGACAGAGGACAGAUCAUCAUACAGCACUCCGGCAGAUCUACAGGACUCUCUAUGAUUGUCCUCAAAGACCUGACAGCGCUGAGGACCAGAGAACUGAUGAAGAAGAGGAUUUUCCAGAGCAAACCAACAUAUUCUGCACAGAGACAGAUGUGACUCUACCCUCUGAUCUGGGCCGUUCCUGCAGUCCCUCAGGGUUGAGCAGUAGGAGGAGGCAGGAGCCAGAUCGAGCCCAGAGUGUGUCCAGCGGUGGCGCAGCGGCAGCAGUGCACGUCUACCAGGAGAUGAUGAACAUUUAUGAGAAGCUGCAGGCAGAGCGUGUCAGUCAGCAGGCGUGGGCAGCAGAGCUGUGUGAGCGCGAGCGUGAUCUUCAGCACAGAGAGAACACACUCCUGCAGCAGCAGCACAGCGCACACACGCGCAGAGGAGAGGAGGACGAGCUACUGAGACGCGUACACACACUUCAGCAGCAAUAUCAACAGGAGACGAGUCAGUUAGAAGCGGCUCUGAAGCAGAAAACCAAGGAGAUCAAGAGGAUGAAGGCCAGUUUCCAUUCUAUGAAGGAUCUGAACGACUCCAUGAGGAAACAGCUUCAUGAGGUCAGUGAGCAGAACCGCAAGCUGGAGGGUCAAUCGCGGAGGGUUCAGGCCCGACUGGAGAACCUGCAGAGGAAGUAUGAGUCCUUCAAUACACACAGGGUCAGAGAGACUGCGGCUCCCAAACCCUGCAGAGCUGAAAAACCCCAGUCAGAUAAAGCAGCGGCUCAGCCUCUCAGAGUGUCAGUGAAGCUGCUGCCAUCGCUGCUGGACUGGAUUGUUGACACUUCAUUAAUGGAGAACAGAGACGAGCUGAACAUCAGAGCUGCUCCACCAACAUCACUGCAGGACAGAUGCACAAAGGUGCUCCCUCUGCUGGUGGAACAGCUUCAUCAUCAGGCUGCAGUGUUGGAGGCGCCGCUGCUGUUAGCAAUACUGCGCUGCAUCUACUGCAGUCUUUUGCAUCUGGAGCGCAGCACACAGCAUGUCCUCCUGACCUCCACACUGAGGCGUCUGUGUGAUGAACUGUGUCGUGGAUCAGGAGACGGUGGCCGCUCGCGGGUCUGUCCACUGUUCAAGAGCUCCUGUCUGCACACACGCUUCCUGAGCAGCCUCAUCAUCGCUAAAACCAGCAGCCAGGUGGAUGUUCUGGCUCAGGCUGUAGACGUGUUGUCCUGCGCGGUUCGCACUGAUGAAGGACAGAUGCUGUUCCUGGAGUACCAGGCUCUGCCGGCGGUUCUGGCUCUGCUGAGAGCUGGUGGUCCUGGUCUGCUGGCUCCAUCUGUGGACGUCCUGAUGCAAAUGAGCGCAGAAUCACCACUGCUGCCGCUGUUCCUGGAUCAGUGCAGCACGGAGGGUUUCUUCCGCUGUGUGUCGCAGGUCCUCCGUAACCCUCGCCUGGAGCCGCUGAUGUUGGAGAAGAUGCUCAUGAUCCUCCAGAAGCUCUCCAGCAUCCGGAAGAACAAGCGUCUGUUUGAAGCGUCGUCGCUGCAUUUGUUCCUGCAGGAGAAGCACAGAACCACCGACCGCAGUCAGGCCUUCAUCAGCAUGAACCUGAGCUCCAUUCUGCUCAAUCUGGGCAUGCUCACACGCUCGUAACACGCUUAUAACAUGAAGAAGACAUGCUGAUAAUGUACUCACGAUCUGUCCAUACAUCACUGUGCCUUGGAAUAUUUGUAGGAUGUUGCAUUUUUAUUUAUAUUUGAAAUUUAAUAAUGCUUUUAA